UCCAUUUCAUAUUUCAAUUUCAUGCACAUUAGUGGAUCACCGUGUGUGAGGAACAUGCAUUGCACUGGUGACUGAUAAUAAAUAUUGUGUGUUAAAAUCAUCAGUGUCAAACAGUUAAAAAAAAAUAUUGGUUAAUUUAUUCAAAAGAUACCUUUUAGUGUGAUCCUGUUUGUGAUUACAAUUUUAAGGAAUACUUAUUUACAUAUAAAAUUUAAUAAAAUGGCAAGUACUCCAACGGUUGAAUCUACUACUUCUUGCACGGAAGAAAUUAAGGAAAUUCCCACAAAAGCUAUGGUUAAUGGUAAUAAUUGUACAGCUAAUUCUACAAAUGGCAUGACUAGUAAUGGAAUCGAAAUCAAACACAAUAAAUCCAAUGGAACGACUGAGUGUAGUAAUGAUAAUCGAUUUGAAGAAUUUCAAUUUACAGUUCCUUGGGGCACAGUUGCAGGUAAAUGGUGGGGAUCAAGAGACAGAGUACCUAUAAUAUGCAUACAUGGAUGGUGUGAUAAUUGUGGAACAUUUGAUAAUCUAGCACCGUUAUUAGUAGACGAAGGACAUUCAUUAUUAUGUUUAGAUUUACCUGGUCAUGGAUUCUCGUCACAUAUUCCACCUGGCAUGUACUAUUACCUAAACUGGGAUGGUGUAAUGCUAGUACGACGAAUAGUUAAACAUUAUAAAUGGGAUAAAAUUCGUUUAAUGGGUCAUUCAUUAGGCGGAUGUAUAUCAUUUUUAUAUGCAGCUGUAUUUCCAGACGAAGUAUCCCAUUUUAUAUGUAUAGAUAUUGCCAGUCCAGCUGUACGAUCACCCGAAGAAACUGUACCAAAAAUAGGACAAUUAAUUGACGAUUUUCUAUUAGUCGAAAAGAAUGCACAUCGUACACCAAAAGCUGGUGAUUAUGAGAAAUUUGUUGAUUUAGUACAUUAUGCCCAACAUGGUAAUUGUACUAAAGAUGCCGUACGUGUAUUAUUAAAACGAGGCAUGAGACAAACAAGUACCGAUCCACCACAUUUCCUAUUUUACGCUGAUGUACGAUUGCGUAGUUUUGGAUUAGGUUUCAUGUAUAUGCAUGAAAGUGAAGAAUUGGCAAAGCAAAUUAAAUGUAAUGUAUUAAAUAUUAAAGCUAACACAAGAACGGUUAGCUUAAAUAUGGAAUACUAUGAUCGUAUUUGUGAUAUAAUAAAGGAGAAUGCAGCCAAAUUUGAAAUACAUAAUGUAGAUGGGGCUCAUCAUUUACAUUUAAACGAUCCUAAUUCAAUAAUACAUAUAGUUAGUAAUUUUUUAUCAGGUGAAUAAUUAAUUUAUAUUUUGUAGAUCUAAUUAUAUUUUUGUUUUAAAAAACUGAUGAUAUUAGUGAUUAAGGUGACUCGGUCGG